AUGGAAAUGAUGGCUACCCUUUGCUCACCUUGGAUGAACAAACGGUGGCAAGUGAACUGCCGUUUUCCUAUAAACCAUUUAUUGACUCGGUCAAGAAGAGGAGGCUUAACUUGUCCGAGGCCCUUGGAGGGAGUAUCUUUGCUCGUUGAUCUUGAUGAGUUGAAGAUAGUUGAGUAUUAUGACCGGGCGAGGGUUCCGGUGCCAAAAGCUGAGGGGACGGAGUACAGGCGGUCGAAGCAGAAACCGCCGUUCGGUCCACGGCUGAAUAGAUUCGCCAUAGAGCAACCGGAUGGACCUGGGUUCAAGAUCAAUGGGCACAAAAUAAGUUGGGCCAAUUGGGAGUUCCAUGUAGGAUUUGAUGUUCGAGCUGGUCCAAUAAUUUCCUUGGCAUCAAUAUAUGAUCUAGAAAAGGGUACAUAUCGGCAAGUAUUGUACAGAGGGUUCGUAUCGGAGCUGUUCGUGCCAUACAUGGACCCAACUGAAGAAUGGUACUACAAGACCUUCUUUGAUGCUGGUGAGUUUGGGUUCAGUCAAUCGGCUGUGCCAUUGGAGCCACUGGCUGAUUGCCCUGCCAAUGCUGCAUUCAUAGACUCGUACUAUGCUCGGGAGGAUGGCACCCCUGUCAAAAUAUCCAAUGCUAUUUGCAUAUUUGAGCAACAUUCUGGGAGCGUCUUGUGGCGUCACACUGAAAUAGCAAUUUCAAGAGAAGUGGCCAGAGGUGAGCUUGAUAGUGAGGAUGGUCACAACCAUUGGAACUACGAUUACAUACUCGAUUGGGAAUUUAAGCCAAGCGGCUCCAUCAAAAUAGGGGUAGGUUUAACAGGAAUACUAGAAGUGAAGGCUGCAGAUUACACUCACACGAGUCAAAUAAAGGAGGAGGCAUAUGGAACAUUGCUAGCAGAAAACACAAUUGGGGUAGUGACAGACAAGAGCUCACUUAGGAAGAGUUAUUGGACAGUCGAGAGUGAGACAGCUAAAAUGAAUCAGACGCCAAAAUUCAGGUCAAUUUCAAACCCACUUUUAUCCUCUGAUGAUUUCCCACAAAUUCGAAGUGCCUUCACUAAUUACAAUGUAUGGGUCACGCCUUAUAAUAAGUCUGAAAAAUGGGCAGGAGGACAAUAUAUUGAUCGGAGCCAUGGAGAUGAUACAUUGGCUACUUGGAGCCUCAGGAACCGAGGGAUCGAAAAUAAGGACAUAGUAUUGUGGUACACCAUGGGCUUUCAUCAUGUUCCUUGCCAAGAAGAUUUCCCAAUCAUGCCAACAUUAAGUGGGGGGUUUGAGCUUCGGCCCACUAAUUUCUUUGAGAGCAAUCCAGUUCUUAAAACAAAACCUCCUAAUCAUGUGAAUUGCACUACAAAACCCUAA